AUUUUCGUGUUUUUUUUUGCCAUAUAUAUAUAUGUAAGGCUUGGAAUUUUGUAGAUCUUUGAUUGUUCUUAAGUAUUAUUCGUUGUUUGUUUGAUUCCUUCGCGUUUUUUUCGGGGAAAAUCGAAAAUUCUGUGCAAUUUACUCGUGCAUUCAGAUGUAUGGGUGACUGAGGAGCUGUAAUAUCGGGUAAAUGCUCGCUAAUUGGCAGACGGCACGGAAAUCGUCGGAAAUGAAUGAUGCCCGGCUAUAUAGGAAGGCGGCGUCGGCAGCGGCAGAAACGACUACGCUGGAUAAAUGCCGCUUGGAAAUGCUGCACGAAUAUGUACGGGAUCAUUGUCAUCGUGCCCGCAGCGAGGGGGUGGAUGUAAAGGCGCGCCGGAAACUGAUCAUAGCCAGCGUUUUGUGUUUGGUCUUUAUGAUUGCAGAAAUCGUGGGUGGCGUCCUAUCGAACAGUCUGGCCAUCGCAACAGACGCCGCACAUUUGCUCACCGAUUUCGCCAGUUUUAUGAUCUCGUUGUUUGCCAUCUGGAUUGCCGGACGACCAUCUACGCAGCGGAUGUCCUUCGGCUGGUAUCGGGCUGAGGUUAUUGGCGCCAUGGCCUCCGUCUUUAUGAUCUGGGUCAUCACGGGCAUACUGGUCUGGCUGGCCAUUGGACGUCUCAUUAGCGGCGACUACGAGGUGAAUGCGAAGAUCAUGCUGAUCACCUCGGGCCUGGCCAUAUUGGUGAAUGUCAUAAUGGGAGUCCAGCUGCAGCAUGGCCAUUCGCAUGCCCUGGGCGGUGGGCAUGGUCACAGCCACGGUGGCUCUAAGAAGCCGAAAAAGAAGACCCCAGCCUCUAAUGGCAUCCCAUCCCAUGCCCAUGCCACAUCCACACCAUGUUCCGCUUCGCCCAACCAAAGGAUUGAGGGCGGUGUGGCCUUUGCGCCCGAGGAUGCCGAAUUGCCUGGCGGCGGAUUGCCCACGUUUUCCUACCAAAAUGCAAAGUUAGUGGAUCCCGCAAAGGAUUUAGAAAUUGCAGCAGUUCUGGCCGAGACAGCACCAGGAUCACAUCAUCACGGCGGACCAGUUGGACGGGAGGCCGUCAACAUGAAUGUCCGAGCUGCCCUCAUCCAUGUGAUUGGCGAUGUCAUUCAGAGCGUUGGAGUGUUCGUGGCCGCCGGGGUCAUCUACUUUUGGCCAGAGUAUUCCAUCGUUGAUCCGAUUUGCACAUUUGUUUUCUCCAUUAUUGUCCUCUUUACCACGUUCACGAUUAUGAAGGAUGCCCUGCUGGUGCUCAUGGAGGGGACUCCCAACUACAUGCACUACGCCGAGGUGCUGCAGAUAUUCCAAGGCAUCGAGGGCGUUGAGCGGGUGCACAAUUUGCGCAUCUGGGCGCUGAGCAUUAAUAAAGUGGCGCUAUCUGCGCAUUUGGCCAUUGCUGAAAAUGCGAAUCCCAAGCAAAUCUUGGAUGCAGCCACAUCGGCGGUUCACUUGCGCUACAACUUUUUUGAGACCACCAUCCAGAUCGAGGACUAUACGGCCCAGAUGGAGAGUUGCCAGCAGUGCAAUGUGCCCGAGAAGUAGAGUUAUUGUGAAACAUAUCCCCCAAAUAUGAUACUGUAAUUCGAUGUAUAUUCAAUAUUUAUUUUGCUGUACGACCGAUAAGAGAUGGCUCACCCCUCUCUGUCUAUACCCAUACGAAGAGUAAACAAAGUCCCAAUGCCGGCUAGAUCCGGCAAACAAAUGAACUACAAAAUAUAGUAAUAAAAUUCGA